CUUGUCUUGGGUGAGUCACUUUUGUUCCUCCUAUUACUGAAGAAACUCACGCUGCCGCAAAUAGACUUCGAACUUUUGAUAAAUUCUGGCGAGUUUUAGGGCACUCACCAUGGCUCUGACAGAAGUUUCAAAGAACAAGAGUUUUGGAGGAUGGCAGAAAGUCUUCAGUCAUGAUAGCCAAGAACUGAAAUGCAAGAUGAAUUUUGGAGUUUACCUUCCCCCACAAGCUGAGACUGGAAAAGUGUCUGUCCUUUACUGGCUGUCAGGCCUCACUUGCACAGAGCAGAACUUUGUCACCAAGGCUGGGGCACAGAAGUAUGCUGCAGAGCAUGGGAUUAUGAUUGUUGCACCAGACACCAGUCCUAGGGGCUGUAACAUUGAGGGGGAAGAUGACAGCUAUGACUUUGGUUCUGGGGCAGGAUUCUAUUUGGAUGCCUCUGAAGAGAAGUGGAAAACCAACUACAGGAUGCAUUCCUAUAUUACCAAAGAGCUGCAACAGCUAGUGAAUGCCUCUUUUCCUGUCUCUGGGAAACAGUCAGUAUUUGGACACAGUAUGGGAGGUCAUGGUGCCCUGAUAUGCGCCCUGAAGAACCCUGGGAUGUUCAGCUCUGUGUCAGCAUUUUCUCCGAUCUGUAACCCCUGUGAGUGUGCCUGGGGACAGAAGGCAUUCACAGGGUACCUGGGCUCUGACAAGGAGGCCUGGAAGGCUCAUGAUGCUAGCUGCCUGGUAAAGAGCUACUCUGGACCCCCUCUGGGAGAUAUCCUCAUCGACCAGGGCAAAGAUGACAACUUUCUGGGUCAAGGUCAACUGCUGCCAGACAAUUUUGUUGCUGCCUGUGCCGAGGCCAAAGUACCAGUGGUGCUCAGGAUGCAAGAGGGCUAUGACCACAGCUAUUUCUUCAUCGCAACAUUUAUUGAGGAUCACAUAAAACACCAUGCUAAAUACUUGAAUGCCUAAGUCAGGCAUACGGCCACAGCCAAAGUGACAGAGAUCAUAAUUGGUGGGCAGAGAUCCCUCAUUCUAUCCAAUCCAGCGCCUUGUUACAAGUGUCCAAUA